CGCCAGCUCCAUGGUGGGUGACCCAGGAUGGUGAGAGCCUACCAGCCAGACCAGCUCGCAGGGUGCUCCUGCCUGGGGAAGGGGACGGGACAGACCAAAAGCAGUUAACACUGGCCAGACAGCAGUCCCAGCCUGGGAGGGCACCGAGAAAGACUGACUAUAUUGUGGAUGGCUGGAGAGACAUUGGCCAAGGGAAGCUGCCUCCGUGGCAUGGGGGUGAAGCGGUGCCUUCAGAGUGGGGGCGCUUUGCUCAGCUUCUUGGCCAACAUCCUCACGGUGCUCUCCACUGCCACCAACUACUGGAUCCACCACCACGAGGGCCACAGCGGCCUGUGGCAGGAGUGUAAUCACGGCAUCUGCUCCAACAUACCCUGCCAGACCACGCUGGCCGUGACCGGGGCGUGCAUGGUGCUGGCGGCGGGCUUCGGCAUCACAGGCCUGGCGAUGGGGCUGCGGAUUCGGUGCUUCGAGGGCGAGUCGCUGCGGGGCCAGACUACGAGCGCCCUCCACUUCCUCUGCGGACUGCUGCUGCUGAUCGCCUUGACAGGCUACACGGUGAAGAAUGCGUGGAAGAACGACGUCUUCUUCUCCUGGUCCUACUUUUCUGGGUGGCUGGCUUUACCCUUCUCAAUUCUCGCGGGCUUAUGCUUUCUGCUGGCAGACAUGAUCGUGCAGAGCACCGACGCCAUCAGUGGAUUCCCCGUGUGCCUGUGACCGCAGCCUCCCUGGGGCAGAAUAAAGGAAUAGUUUUUAGCGCCGUU